CUUUGAUCCUCGAAAUCGGACGAAACCAUGUGCUUUCUGUAAUAAGUCUGCCUUUGAUACGAAACUCGCAUAUACUCGUACGACAUGGCGGGAUAUAAUUUCAAAGAUGAAAAGGAGGUUCAGGAAUAUUUAAAGAAUCUUCACGUAGAAUAUCAAUUCGGCUGUUUAAGUGAAAAGAAGCCCGAGGUGUGUCAUCUUUUGGGCGAUUAUUAUGAAUCCAUCAAGCAAAAUUUGAAGGAGGCAAUAAAACUGUACAAGAAGAACUGCGACGAGCACAAUUAUGGGAGAAGUUGCGCGAAAUACGGCGAUUACAGAAUAAUGGGUAGGGAGUGUGAGAAGGAUCCCGUGGAAGCGUUCAAGUACAUGGAAAAAGGUUGUAACCAGAACGAUGGGAGGGGUUGUUUUCAUGCAGGUGCUCUUGCGUUGUCUAAAGAAAAAAUUGAUCCAGUCAGGGGCAAUCAAGUUAUGCUUGGAGUGAAAUAUCUGAAAAAAGCUUGCGACAUGGAGGUAGAGAAAGCUUGCUUCUAUCUAUCGGGUGUUUAUUUAAAUGGUAUCGAAGGAUAUAUACCAAAGAAUAUGAAAGAGGCGUACACUUUAUCUUUAAAGUGUUGCGAACUGAAUAAUCCGUAUGCCUGUGCUAAUUUGUCCAUAAUGCACAAGAAGGGUGAUGGUGUACAACAAAGUACUGAGUUAGCUCAAACUUUCAAGACCCGAGCUGAUGAAAUACUGAAAGAACUUAAAGAAAAUAAAAAGUCAUUGAAGUUUCACCAGGGCAUUGAAGUUGUUUCUCGACGUACCAGAGGGACCAUGCGGUGCUACCUAUUCGCUUCGAGCUCCUUCGUCGCUGCAAUACUCACUGUCGCGUUCCUCGGCCACGGUGCCUUGGUGGCCGGCAACGAGUCGCAUGCAGUGGUAAAUGUGGCAGUUUAUUACGAAUCGCUAUGCUCGGAUAGCAUGCGGUGGAUUAAGCAGCAACUAUUGCCGGAGUACGAUGUAUUGAAAGAUUACAUCAGCGUCACUUUCAUUCCCUAUGGGAAAGCAUCGCACUGGAAAGAUUCAAACACCCAGAAAUGGCGGUUCACGUGCCAGCACGGCGAAGAAGAAUGCAACGGGAACAAAGCUCAGGCGUGUGCUAUCAACGCGAUUCAGAAUGGAGAAGCAGCUGAUAAGGUUCAACAACUCACUGUGGCAUUGGUUGGUUGCGCAAUGACCUCACGGUUUCCGCCAUCAUCUGUUCCGCAGUGCGCCAAGAAAGUAGGAUUGAAGGAGCAGACCCAAACGAACAUUGACGAAUGCAUUAACGGUCCCCUGUCCAACGAACUGUUGGUCGCACACGGCGAGAAAACGAACAAGUUAAAUCCGAGCCUCUCCUUCGUUCCAACGAUCACGAUCAAUGGAGAGAAUACAAGGCAGAUACAGAACCAGGCGCUGAACAAUUUCUUUAAACUAGUUUGCGACACACUGGGAAAGGGGGCGAAACCGUCUCAGUGCAGCGCAGCUUGAAGACAAACGGCUGUUUCAAACGUUUCGCCGCUUUAGUGCUUUUUGUACGAAGCUGCAGCGUGUCGUCGUUAUACAAUUCGCGCGAGGGGCCACUAUAGUAGGUUAACGAAAUCAAUAUCGGAAAGGAGAAGGCGAUUCUUCUCGAGAAGCUUCUUCGUUCAGAUUGGUCGUUGUCAGGAAAAAUUGAAACCACCUUGCAAUUGUACAAGCUUCUUUUCACCAGCAAAGUCAUUGAACGUCAAUUCUCUGAAUUCAAGUAAUAGAAGAUGAGUUAAUCCAAACGAACGAGGCUUGAAUUGCAAACUCAAGAACCCGUAAACUUUCCACAAAAGUCUUACAUAAACACUUUGUAUGUACCACUAUAGUGAGUUAUCUCGUUAAGGAUAUGCAACGAUUUGUGAAAAAAAUUGCCUAUUUGAAUGUACCUAUGCAUGUAAGAAAAGAAUAAAAAUUAUUGUUGAUACGAUAGCG